AUGAUCGAGUUCAGCCUCUUUUUCGAUUUCCCAACGACUAGUGGCUUUACGGAGAGAAACGCCACCGUCUACCAUUCAGGUGUCAUACGAAGGACAAGGGUAAGAAGAUUAUCAACUUUUUUAAGAGACUCCAAAUUUCUCUUCAAACGUCAAAAACAGUUUCUUGUUUGAGAAAAAUAUAUAAAGUUUCUCAGUUUUCACAUCUUCAACGUCUCAACCCGUUUAACUUACAAGAUUCGUUUUUAUACCUUUCCUUUUUUGGGUAUAUUUUUUCACUCAGAGAGGAACCCAAAAAAAGAAAUUUACAGACUAUUCAGAUAUUUUGUCGAGAUGUCGCUUACGCUUUUUUUUCAAAUAUGAACAGAAAAUGUCAAAAAAUAAAACAGAUCUUCUUUUUUUCGCUCCUGGCUGUUGCAAAGGGAGAGACAAAAGUUUCCAAUCCUAAUUUUCAUCCAAUAUUUUACUAGAAGAUCUUCUUUUCAAAUGAACGUUGAAAACAGAAUGAGGGAAUCCAGGACGCCUUCGCAAUCCGAAAGCUCUUUUCAUUUCGCUAAUGCAUCGCCAUGGCCUUUUGUUGGCAACAAGUCUGCCGAAAGACCUUUGGUGCGGACUGCCUUUUAUUUGUUUCUAAUUUUUUUCAUUUCAUUUUUUUUUGAGUGAAUGAACUCCAUUCAUUAGUAGAUAUUUAGCUGGCAACAAAGAAUAGCUAAGUUUUACAAAGGAAAACGACAUUAAGCUUCUAAAAAUUCUUUAAAGUAGUUUUCAAAAACAUGAAGGUUUUUUUAAUUGAAUAUUUGCAAUGAGGCAGUGUUUUUGAAAUGAUCGGUGUCAAUUAAGCUUCGACAUUUUUCGGUUAAUUAAGACUUACUUCCGCGCUCACUAAAACGCGGUGCUCUUUUUGCUCGGAACUUGAAAUAUUUCUGAAUAAUUGCUCUAUUUUCUUUUAGUUUUCUAAAAUCUUUUUAUUUUUUUUAUUUUUUUGUCAACGCCAUUGUGCGUUGGUGUUUUUAUUUUUUCACUGGGCAAGCAAGUUUUCUUUUUCAAAAGUUACAUCAUCUUUCAUAUUGAUCGUUUCUGAAACAACCAUUCUGACUGAAAUUUUUUUAAAGCCGCUUUGGAAAAAAUAAAAUAGAUAGCUCUCGAAUAGACAAUAUAUAGAUAUAUAUCUACAUAUAUAUAGUAUAAUCGAAAGUUUUUUUCCGAAAUCGUUACCCUCUAUAAUAUUUGUUCAGUUCACUUGAUAAUUACAGCAUUGACUGAUCGUUAUCAUCGAUGCAUGUGAGUGAAAGAGAAACCAUUUUAUUAGUUUCAAUUUUUUUUUUGUUCUAAAGUUUCCCGUAUAGUUGUAAAAUAGGCUUUGAAUUCAAAUUUCAACACAAAUAUGUGUUUUUGAUAUUUUCUCAUUGUUUAAGCCAAGAGGAUCCAGGAAAAACCGGAGAUCACAAUGUAAAGUCAGAACAAGCUAGUUUUUGCCACGAUUCGCGAGGUAAUCCUUGCACCUCUCAAAAUAUCUUCUUCAAAACGUUCUUUUUCUCUCUCUCACUCUCCAAUCUUCCUGUGAAUUUUUAACUAAAAACUGCUUUUUAAGGACGGUUUUUCAAAUAGUAGGAAAAGCUGAGUAAUUUCAAUCAUGAUUGGAUAUCCAUUGUCGGAUUAUUGUCAGAUUCUUUGGCUCUUAUGAAACAAUCCUCUGGCAAAGCUGCAGUGGCGCUUUUGAAUAUUUUUUUUUCUUCCUACGUCAAAAAAGGUUCAUUUCGAAAUGUUGCAUCUUUACGGACGCCUACGCUUUUGAAUUGGACGUAAAAGCUGUGAACUUUACCGUUGAUGGACAUCCGAAACGAAAAACAUGAUUCAAAUGAACUAUGGAUUUAGACUGAAGAAAGCCGUUUGCCGACAAAUCUCUAGUGUCUGAAGUUUUCACAUUUGUAGAUUUUGGUAGAUUAUCUAUACUAAUUUAAAUAUUCAUACUCAAUUAUUACAUCUUUCAACAGAUCUUUCAAAAAAUCUUCAAAAAACUCAAAUCUGGUUUUGAUUUCGAGUUUUGAGGCAGGAUUGAAAACUUCAAAAAAAAAUGUAGAUAGGAAAUUUUUCUUUAUUGUUCUGAAAAGUCCCAGCAAAUCUGUUGAUACCAAUAUCACUUCAGGUAAACUUUCUCGUUUUUAACAAUCUUCACAAAAAAUCUUUGUCGCCAAAUAUAUUCGUCACGCGUUUUCCUCGAGAUCAACUUGUUCUACACAUGUUUUGCCUUUUUUGUUACAUGUUUGACUCAGUUGAACGCGUUGGGGAAAUUUGCAUUUGCACAUCACUAUUUUCAAGAGUUCCUUUUUCCCACUUUCCCUUUAACACUUCGUAAAACUUCCUUUUUUGAGUUUUCAAGUUCAUUUUCAUCUCAUGAAGCUUCAUCUGAUUUGGAAACGAGAGGAAAUCGUUGACACUUAUUGUUGCGAUGGUUUAUGAUAUUUAAUAAAUUUUCAUACUUAUUUUUUUAGAGUUUUUUUCUAUAACUUGAUUUUGAUUACAGGCAGAUGAGUCUGAAAUCGGCCUCAGAGUCGAGCGACGACUUCUACGCGAACCCAUACAAAGGGGUCAUUUUCGACUACGGCGAGGUCCUCUGGAUGCAGUCCAGGAACAUUCAUGUCUACCGCCGUGAGUUCUCGAACUACAUUGGGAAUCCUUUAGAAAAUGCUUCAUGUUUUUUUAUCAAUUUCUUCGUAUCAUUCAUGUUUAUUCACAGUGAUACUAGGGAAAGCUUAAGUGGGUCCUAAAGGGAGUUUUCCCAGCGGGCCGAAAUUGAAAAAAAAAAGGUUUAGAAAUCGAGGGAGACAACGGUCUUUUCGACAAUUCUUUGGUUCCGACGCUUCUCAGCAAGGAGCUGGCGGAGGUUCUGCCCAAGAACUUUCAUGAAGACCUACUGACCGGCGUUUAUACGGCAAAAGACUUUGACCAAUAUUUCGUUGCCGCCUACAAUCGCAAGGUUGGCUACAGCUCUUGUUCCGGUUUCCAAUUCCGCUUUUCAGUAUGACACGAAAUUGAAGAACUUGAAGUUUUUUUCCGCCACGGAGUACGAUAAAGAAGCAGCUUAUGUUUGUCUAGUUAUUUUUUCAAAGACAAACGGAAAAAACAGGAAGUAGCCGUCCUUCACGCUUGUUGCAAACUUAGGAAGCGCGGCAUCAAAACUAUAUUGAUGUUAGACACUUACCAUGUCGACGAGACGAGGACAGGUGAGAAUUCUUGAUGACUUAUGUCGCAAAAAGUCAGAAAAGGUCGAAAAAUACCAAACAUGGACAUAUAUUUCGACCAUGUUGUGGAGUCUUGCAACGAGGGAUUGAAGAAACCAGAUCCUCGGUUUUACAUGGUUUGUUUUUUUCUAUCGAUUCGAUUUCAUAUUUCAAAAAGUUCCUGCUGCCGCAAGUGGUACAAGAAAGAAAAUAACAGGAAGAACCAAAUUCAGAAAUAUUGACUGAGAAGUUUAGUCGAAAGUUUAACUCAAAAUGGACCCAGAAAACCGCGACCCAAUACAUUAUAAUAACAUAUUUUCUGUUAUCACAUGUCCAUAGCAACACAUAUAUUUUUCCAUUGAAACCUACGCUUUUCACUGAGAAAUAACCGGUUCAAGGAAGUUUAGAAAGUUCUAAUUUUGAGAACGCCACUCAAAAGUUUCUUAAAGAUUCUUUUUGAAAAUUUUUUUCUGAAGCUGAGCAAGUUGUAGGCAGUCCUGGAAAAGGCAGACUUACAGUCAGACGAAGUCAUCUACAUUGAUGACUCAAAAAUCAAUUGCGAAACGGCUGAGAUGCUCGGAAUGCGGUUCAUACAGGUAAUCACUCAUCUGAGUAAAUGCAUAACUAAUGUAUCAAAGGCCUACAACAGCAUGGACAUGCUUGAAGAUCUUCAAGAAAUCCUCGGUUUUGAACUGGACUAA